AUGGAUCAGUGUGGGGACACAGAGGAGGGGGUCCGUCCCUCUAAAACCAGCCAGGCUGAAGCUCAGAGGAUUCAGCAGCAGAGACGAGACUGUCCUGAACCUGGACCUGAACCUGAACCCAGCUGUGUGUCCAUGAAGAGUGACUGGUCUAUGGGCAGCCCCAUUCACUUUAAAGUCAGACGACCUGCGGAUGAACGGAUUCAGCAGCAGAGACGAGACUGUCCUGAACCUGAACCUGAACCUGAACCCAGCUGUGUGUCCAUGAAGAGUGACUGGUCUAUGGGCAGCCCCAUUCACUUUAAAGUCAGACGACCUGCGGAUGAACGCUCAGAGGUUCUCAGUGAUCAAUCUGCCCAGCAGCUUCAAACAGACCUGGACUCCGUAUUUUUGCUGCUCGAAGAGAACAUCCUCACUUUUGUGAAGAAUGAGCUGAAGAAGAUCCAGAAGGCUCUGAGUUCACAUUACCCAGAAUGCUUAGAGGGUCAGAGUGAGGAUGAAGAGGUGCUGGGUGGUGAGGAUGACGAGCAGAGGAGGAGCAGCAGAGAGGCAUUUCUGAGGAUCACACUGAACUUCCUGAGGAGAAUGAAGCAGGAGGAGCUGGCUGACUGUCUGCAGAGCAGAACGUAUGCUGCAGCGUGUCGACAUAAACUAAAGUGUAACCUGAAGGAGAAGUUCCAGUGUGUGUUUGAGGGGAUCGCUAAAGCAGGAAACCCGACGCUCCUGAAUCAGAUCUACACAGAGCUCUACAUCACAGAGGGAGGGACUGCAGAGGUCAAUGAUGAACAUGAGGUCAGACAGAUUGAAACAGCAUCCAGGAAACCAGACAGACCAGAAACAACCAUCAGACAAGAAGACGUCUUUAAAGCCUCACCUGGAAGAGAUGAACCAAUCAGAACAGUGAUGACAAAGGGAGUGGCUGGCAUUGGGAAAACAGUCUUAACACAGAAGUUCACUCUGGACUGGGCUGAAGACAAAGCCAACCAGGACAUACAGUUCACAUUUCCAUUCACUUUCAGAGAGCUGAAUGUGCUGAAAGAGAAAAAGUACAGCUUGGUGGAACUUGUUCAUCACUUCUUUACUGAAACCAAAGAAGCAGGAAUCUGCAGGUUUGAAGAGUUCCAGGUUGUGUUCAUCUUUGACGGUCUGGAUGAGUGUCGACUUCCUCUGGACUUCCACAACAAUGAGAUCCUGACUGAUGUUACAGAGUCCACCUCAGUGGAUGUGCUGCUGACAAACCUCAUCAGGGGGAAACUGCUUCCCUCUGCUCGCCUCUGGAUAACCACACGACCUGCAGCAGCCAAUCAGAUCCCUCCUGACUGUGUUGACAUGGUGACAGAGGUCAGAGGGUUCACUGACCCACAGAAGGAGGAGUACUUCAGGAAGAGAUUCAGAGAUGAGGAGCAGGCCAGCAGAAUCAUCUCCCACAUCAAGACAUCACGAAGCCUCCACAUCAUGUGCCACAUCCCAGUCUUCUGCUGGAUCACUGCUACAGUUCUGGAGGAUGUGAUGAAGACCAGAGAGGAAGGAGAGCUGCCCAAGACCCUGACUGAGAUGUACAUCCACUUCCUGGUGGUUCAGACCAAAGUGAAGAACAUCAAGUAUGAUGGAGGAGCUGAGACAGAUCAUCACUGGAGUCCAGAGAGCAGGAAGAUGAUUGAGUCUCUGGGAAAACUGGCUUUUGAUCAGCUGCAGAAAGGCAACCUGAUCUUCUAUGAAUCAGACCUGACAGAGUGUGGCAUGGAUAUCAGAGCAGCCUCAGUGUACUCAGGAGUGUUCACACAGAUCUUUAAAGAGGAGAGAGGACUCUGCUUCGUCCAUCUGAGUGUUCAGGAGUUUCUGGCUGCUCUUCAUGUCCAUCUGACCUUCAUCAACUCUGGAGUCAAUCUGAUGGAAGAACAACAACAAACAACAUCCCUCCGGUCUAAAUUAUUUAGAGACAAACAGAAUCAAGAAUAUCUCCACCAGAGUGCUGUGGACAAGGCCUUACAGAGUCCAAAUGGACACCUGGACUUGUUCCUCCGCUUCCUCCUGGGUCUCUCACUGCAGACCAAUCAGAAACACCUACAAGGCCUGCUGACACAGACAGGAAGUAGCUCACAGACCAAAACGGUCCAGUACAUCAAGAAGAGGAUAAGUGAGACUUUGUCUGCUGAGAGAAGCAUCAAUCUGUUCCACUGUCUGAAUGAACUAAACGAUCGUUCUCUAGUGGAGGAGAUCCAACAGUCCCUGAGAUCAGGAAAUCUCUCCAGAUAUCUUCUGUCUCCUGCUCAGUGGUCAGCUCUUGUCUUCAUCUUACAGUCGUCAGAUAAAGACCUGGACGUGUUUGACCUGAAGAAAUACUCUGCUUCAGAGGAGGCUUUUCUGAGGCUGCUGCCAGUGGUCAAAACUUCCAGCAAAGCUGUGCUGAGCGGCUGUAACCUCUCAGAGAGAAGCUGUGAAGCUCUGUCCUCAGCUCUCAGCUCACAGUCCUGCAGUCUGAAAGAGUUGGACCUGAGUGACAACAACCUGACAGACUCAGGAGUGAAACUUCUGUCUGCUGGACUGCAGAGUCCAAACUGUACCCUGGAAACUCUCAGGUUUGGUGUUAAAGCUCUGUCCUCAGUUCUCACCUCCCAGCCCUCGAGUUUACUCCAAGGUUAUAUCUCUCAUCUUAUAUUGCAUGUCUUCUUUGUCAUCUCACCUGCAGCUUUCUGUGUGUACGCUGGUCUGUGCAUGAGUCUGUCAGGCUGUCUGAUCUCAGAGGAAGGCUGUGUUUCUCUGGCCUCAGCUCUGAGCUUUAACCCCUCCCAUCUGAGAGAGCUGGACCUGAGCUACAAUCAUCCAGGAGACUCAGGACUGAAGCUGCUGUCCGAUGGGCUGCAGGAUCCACGCUGGAGACUGGACACUCUCAGGAUGGACCAUGGUGGAGCGCACAGACUGAGACCUGGUGUGAGGAAGUAUGGAUGUAAACUGGAGCUGGACACAAACACAGUGAACAGAUUCCUCAGACUGGUGGACGACAGCACGACGGUGAGACAUGUAAGAGAGGAUCAGUCGUAUCCUGAUCACCCACACAGAUUUGACUUUUGUCCCCAGCUGCUGUGUAGGACUGGUCUGACUGGUCGCUGUUACUGGGAGGUGGAGAGCAGAGGGUACGUUUAUGUAUCAGUGAGUUACAGAGGAAUCAGGCGAAGUGGGGACGGUGAGGACUGUGUGUUUGGAUGGAACGAUCAGUCGUGGAGUCUGAGCUGCACCAGGGGUCGUUACUCUGUCCUGCACAAGAAGAAACUAACAAACGUCUCUUCCUCCUCUUCCUCUUCCUCCUCUGCCUCAAGGAGAAUAGCAGUGUAUGUGGACUGUCCUGCUGGCACUCUGUCCUUCUACAGAGUCGUCUCUGACUUACUGGUCCACCUCCACACCUUCAACAGCACCUUCACAGGACCUCUUUAUCCUGGCUUUACAGUCUGGCCUGGUUCCUCAGUGUCUCUGUGUCCUCUGCAGAUCUGA